GAAACCCAUUAGAAUUAAAGGGGGCCGUGUACGAGAAAUCGAAUUAUACAUUUCGCCCUCGAAAAAAACUCAUAGUUUUUAUUUCCGAAGGAAAAUUCAGGUAUAGAUAUAAAUAUGCAUGAGUAGAAGAGAAAGAGACGAGAAAAGACCGCCUAGCGCGUUGAGUUCUGGAAGAAUUGGGAGGUUAACUCUGAGCAGAGCUGAGCUGAGCAGCUGACGGAAGAGAAGGCCGCGUCCGCUUCGACUUCCCACUGUCUCCAACCGAGGUAUGGGCUCUGCCACUGCUCUGCAGGGGGACGGUGGAGGCGUCGGAUCUUCCGCCAUCGAAGCCCUUGGCUCCCUCUUCAAGCUCACUGAAGUCUACCUUUGGGACGAUGGCUCCACGGAGACACGGGAGCCUCUUUUGGUCACAAAGAGCAGCAAAUCGCCUCACUGCAUCGAUGAUAUUGGCUGUAAGAACUGCACAACCUCUGAGAUCUGUCUGUCAGCAGAAGACAUGGAAAUGAUGGAACAGAUGAAUGCACUUGGCCUUCCUGUUUCAUUUCAAACGAACAAACUGAAGAAGAGUGGAAAGGACAAGGCAAAAAAGAAGAGUUCAAGCAUGAAGGAUUCUUCAGGAUUCAAAGAAAUUGGGAAUGAAAUGCCUGAACUAUGCAAAGUGAGUGAGGGGGAUGUUGCAUCUCAUUCCCCUUUUCAUGAUGAUCCUAUUCCUAGUGGUUCUUUAUGUUCCAUGUCAAUGCUGGGCCAAAGUGUAUCAUCUUGCUAUGAUGUCGCAGCACAUGCCCAGAAAUCCAUUUGCGAUGCCGAAGAAGGCUCAGGAAGUCUGUCUCGGAUUGAUCAUGGUGCCAUCAAUGAGUCAAUUUCUGUUGAAAUUUCAGGUUUACUAACUGCUUGCCAGAACUGUCAAUCUGUGGAGGUUGAUGCCUUGUCCAAGAGAAUACCGCGAAUAAAUAGAGAAGCAAAUGACUUUGAUGUUGCUGACUACAAAAAGGAAGGAUCUUUUGGAAGCUUCAUUGAGCACAAACAGUUAGAUGUAAACCAUGAUGAAGUCAGUCAGUCAUGCAAGUUGGUAGAACCUCUCUUGCAUGAAGAAGCUGCUGUAAAUUCAUGUAUGGAAGUGCUCCAAAAUGAUGAAAUGGACAGUUAUAUGUGCUGCGGAGAAUAUGGGGAGUGGAGGGCUUAUUUAGACUCUUUUUACGAGAGAUAUUACUAUUACAAUAUAAAGUCACAGGAGUCUACCUGGUUUCCACCCCCUGGUGUGGAAAACGAGGUGUUUAUCAAGUGCACAAAAAACUCCAAUGGGAUCAGGGACAAGUUAGAUGAGACGCUUGUAAAGUCGUCUAAGACAAAUGGCAGCCACGCUUCUGAUUUGCAAAAUGACUUGGUUGAAGAGUGCAGAAAUGAGUAUAGAUCACCUGAUCAACCUAUGAAAUUGGACAAUGACUUUACUUCUUGCUCCACCAAAUGCAAUAUUACUAUAACUACAUUGAACAGCAGAUGUACAGAUGGGGAUAACUUUGAUGGGAUUGAUAGUAGCUGCAAUGAAGAUAUUAUGGCGUACUUGUCAAAUAAUCAAGAUAUCAGCAGCAUGACAAAUGGCGUCACUGAAGUUGUUUCAGAGGAGACUUUGCAAUUGGAUGAGCCAGAUGCUCAGGGUGAUUUUCAAGUGGUAAAACGAAAGAAGAAAAUAAGGAAAAAGAAGGGGCAGAAGACAUUUUCUGGUGCUGCUGAUGAAGAGCUAAAAUUGCUUCUGCUGGAAGAUUAUUCAACAAGUAUCGAGAAGUACUGGUAUCAGCGGUAUCUUCUAUUCUCCAGAUUUGAUGAUGGCGUAAAACUUGAUGAGGAAGGGUGGUUUUCCGUCACCCCAGAGCCUGUCGCGAAGCACCAUGCCCUUCGUUGUGGCAGUAAUGCCAUAAUUGAUGGAUUUACUGGCGUCGGUGGGAAUGCCAUUCAGUUUGCAAAAUGUGCCAAGCAUGUUAUUGCAGUCGACAUCGAUCCAAAGAAGAUCGAGUACGCCAAUCAUAACGCUGCCGUCUAUAAAGUUGAUGACCGAAUUGAUUUCGUGAGGGGUGACUUCUUUCUCCUGGCACCAAGACUAAAGGCAGAUACUGUCUUCUUGUCACCUCCUUGGGGAGGACCUGAUUAUGCAAAAGUAGAGACAUAUGAUAUCAAGACGAUGCUUAAGCCACAUGAUGGCUUCCUCCUCUUCGAAACUGCCAAGGGAAUUGCCUCUAAGGUGGUCAUGUUCCUCCCAAAAAACGUGGAUAUUAACCAACUAGCGGAGCUCUCUCUUUCUUCCCGUCCUCCAUGGUCACUGGAGGCUGAGAGGAAUUUCUUGAAUGGCAAAUUAAAGGCUAUAACUGCUUACUUCACCAACCCAGAAAUCAGCACGAACAAUGACCAAUAAACAUCAACCCGGUGAUGGAUCUAAGUUAAUAUGAAGAUCACUGCCAUGGUCACAUAUCGAGCUAAGGUUGUGCUUGCAUAAGUACGUGGGGUAGUUUUCAUGCCAGAUCAAAAUGUAAAUUCCUGGCGCCUAGCUUUUGUUCUUGGGUAAUUCAAAAUUAUUUUGUGCAAUACGCUUGUUCCUAAAUUGGCUGUAAAUGAUUAUGAAUUACUGUAAUUGAUAAAGCAAUCUAGCUGUCUGGACGAUUCUUUUGGCCAUAA